GAAAUAUUAUAGUACUGUCGUCUUUUAUUAACCGGAUCGGCUUUUGUUCAAAAAAAAAUAAAAAUAAAAAUUAACCGGAACGGCUGAUACUAACCGGAACCGUUUCGUAAUUUGAACCGGAAUAUAAGUGGCACGUGGUUCUAUUAGACUUUUUCAGAGAAAGGACACACGAGACACCACGUGGACUUUUUAUUGACACGUGACAAGCUGUCAACUAUAGUAAGGCACAACUCACGUUAUGAACCAAAGUGCAAAAACCAAAAACCAUAGUAUAAGGCCAAGCUUAGGAAACAAUAGGGUCGAACUAGAAAAAUGAUGAUCGGAAAGUGGUUGGGAUCUCUCAGAACCACCGGGAAGUGUGAAGGUAUGUACUACGGCGUGAGGACGAUGGUUGGAAAAGCCUCAAACCGAUCGGGUGUUCAUGGUUCCAGGCCUCCUGACGCUAAAUCACUUGACAAUGAGGAAGAGAUUAGAGAGAGGAUUAAUAAAGGGAAAGAAGACAAAGAACAGAGAAGAAGAAAGACAGAGAAAAAAGUUGAAGGCUCGCAAAGAGAAUCCACCGGAGACGAUGAUGCAUCCUCCUCCGCGCGGUGAUCACUGAUGCUUCAUGGUCUUCUUCUUCUUUUUUAUUUUAUAUAACUAUUAGCUCAAAAUGUAGGAAAAGAGAACAUAAACCCCCUAUAAAUUACAGUAUCAUAUGAUAAUAGUUACUGAAAUCA